AUGCUCAAAGCUUUCUCACUAUCAAAGUUUUCACUCAGAAACUCCAAUCCUGCCUUACAUUACCAACAUUUGAAAAGAAGUAUUGCUAGUUUAAACAUAACAGAAGAAAUUAAAGACGCUUUGGCAAAUGGAAAACCUGUAGUUGCUUUAGAGAGCACAAUUAUAACUCAUGGAAUGCCAUUCCCAGAUAACCUAUCGAUGGCCUCGACUGUUGAGCAAGAAAUUAGGAAUAAAGGUGCAAUUCCAGCAACAAUAGCUUUCAUUAAUGGGAAUCCAAACAUUGGAUUGACUAAUCAACAAUUGGAAAUCUUAGCUUCGUCGAAAAAUGUGAACAAAAUUUCGAGAAGAGAUAUUGCUUAUACUAUGGCAAAUAAAUUAAGUGGUGGAACAACUAUUGCCGGAACAAUGAUUUUAGCUGAAAAAGCUGGCAUAAAAGUUUUUGCUACAGGUGGACUUGGUGGUGUAACUAAAAACCAUCAUUUUGAUGUUUCUGCUGAUUUAAUUGAAUUGGGUAGAACCAAAGUAGCUGUGGUUUGUGCUGGUCCUAAAUCGAUAUUAGAUGUGGCCAAUACUCUUGAAGUGCUCGAGACCCAAGGCUGUUUUGUUGGAACAUUGUCUUCAAAAGAUACAAAUAUCCCAGGUUUUUUUACAAAAGACUCUGGCGUCAAAUCGCCUUAUAGCUUUAGGGAUUUUAAAGAAGCAGCAGAGAUUAUCUACAAUGGCAAUAAUUUGAUGGAUUUGAAAUCUGGUUAUCUAUUCUGCAUUCCUCCUCCUGAUUAUGUUGCUUUAGACCCUAAGAUGAUCAAUGAUGUGAUAUCAAUGGCAGAAACUGAAGCUGAAAAUCAGGGCAUUGGAGGAAAACAUUUAACUCCAUUUUUAUUAAAACGUAUAGCUGAAUUGAGUAAAGGUAAAAGUGUCUCUAGUAAUAUUCAAUUUGUUUUAAAUAAUGCUCGAGCUGCUGCAGAAAUUUCAAAAAACCUAUCAUAUCUUGAAUCC